GGCAGAGGCAACAAAACCCGUUUUCAGUUCGCAUUGCCCCUUCAUUUUCUAUUCCCCACUAUUUAUUUUUCUUGUUCCUUUGGCUAAACUUUCAGCUUUCAGAGCAAAAAAAAAAUGUUGAAACAGGUUCGUCUUCUUCUGCUCUUCUUGGCCUCUGGAUUGACCCUCUCCGUUUCAGAGUCACAAUCUGUUUCUCUUCUUCCUCAUGCUGCUGAUUCCUUCAAUGUCAGCUAUAUCCAGACUUGGCAAUAUUUUCUUAAACAGCUGAAGAACGCGGCGAGUUGUUCUUACUUGGUGGUUAUAUCUACCAGUUGUUCGUCUCCUAGGUAUACAAGAGAUCAGAUCAGUAUUGCUUUUGGGGAUGCUUAUGGAAACCAGAUAUAUGUACCAAGACUGGAUGAUCCAACUUCAGGUACAUUUGAGAGUUGUAGUUCAGAUACAUUUCAAAUAAGUGGUCCAUGUGCAUAUCAGAUAUGUUAUGUGUACCUAUAUAGACACGGAUCAGAUGGUUGGAGGCCUGAAAGUGUGAAAAUCAAUAGUUAUAAUGGCAGGGCUGUUACUUUCUAUUACAACACGUUUAUCCCCAGAGAUACUUGGUAUGGAUUUGAUUUGUGCAGCGGUGCUUCUUCUUCGAACAAGGUAUCCAAGCAGAAAUGGCUUAUAUUUAUGGUUCUAGGAUUUGUUCUAAGUUUUUGGUUGUAAGUUUGUGUAUUUUUCAUCUUAUAAUAUUUGAUGCACCUUGGUACCCAUGAAACUUAGCACCUUAUGUUGAAGUAUAGACACUAGAUGUGUAAAACCUUUGCUUUCUUCUUAAUUUUUUAUUGUCCUGAGUAUGAUGUUCUUAAUGUUAGCAGAAGUAGUUGGAGGGUGGUGCUGUAAAUUAAUACCCUCAUCAUUUUAUAACCUUAAACUUGAACAUAUGAUGUGAUUCGGGUCAUUCUUCUUGGUUUCAUUUUGACCAACAAUGGUCAAAUCUUUCAUCAAUUCGGUUUUCUUUGUAAUUGUUCAUGACUUUAAGCAUCAAACGAGAUAAUCCAAUUCACUGUUUU